ACAGGCGCGGAUGAACUGCCAUUAUUCUGGAGCUGAGACUUAAUGAAAACACUUCUUGCAACAAGAACUUUUAUCUGGUGUCAGAAUGGUCUCGCCCGAUCUAAAAACCGAAACUAUGAGAGUACUGCCGUAACAGAUACAACAACUUGAAGUACAGCUACUACAACUCUCCACCCAUCCAUUCACCUCGCACAAAAUGGCAUUCGCAUCUGAACUUCGGAUUGCAAUGUUUGGCAAAAGUCACCAUGAAAAGACAAGACUGAGUGACUGCCUAAGUGGAAAAACAGAUUCUUCUCAUCCAAAAAUGACCAAGCAAUUUGCACAUAUCCAAGGAGAGUGGAGGAAAAAAACCUUCACAGUAAUAAAAUCAGCAGACAUCUUCAGUCUGCCUUUGGAGAGAGUGAAACAUGAGAUGAAGAAGUGCACAGUUCAGUACCCCCCUGGACCAAAUGUUCUGCUGCUGUUAGUGAACCCUUCAGAUUUUACUGAGGAGGACAGACAAAAAUUGAACUUCAUCAUGAACUUCUUCGAACAAGAUGCUUUUGAACACUCAGUGGUAGUCCUAACACAAAAUGAUAGAGGAGGGAAUUACUCAGUGAACGAACUUACCCAAGACUGCAGACAAAGACAGCACACAAUGAACUUCAGUGAAAGAGCUUUUCUUGACUCUGAUCGUCAAGAAUUGAUGAUAAAAAUGGAGAAAGUAGUGGAUGAAAACAGGGGGCGAUAUUUAACCUUCAAUGAUCCCAUGGUAGCACCUGCAUGUGCAAAACCCCCUCUAAACCUGGUGUUGUGUGGAAGACAUAGAGCCUGGAAGACUGCAACAGCUAAUGCAAUUCUGGGAGCAAGAAAGCUUGGCUCAUCAGGUGACUCAUCAGAGUGUGUAAAAAAUGAGGCAGAGGUGUGUGGACGUCGGGUUUCUGUGGUGCAGCUGCCUGCUUUGUAUGGAAAACCUCAGGAGGCAGCAAAGAAGGAAUCACUGAAGUGCAUCUCCUUCUGUGAUCCAGAGGGCGUCCAUGCCUUCAUCCUGGUCCUACCUUUAGGUGCCCCAAGUGAGGAAGACAAGAAAGAGUUAGAGACCCUCCGAAAAACAUUCAGCUUCAGGGUCUAUGAUUUCAUGAUGAUUCUUUUUACUGUGGAGGCAAAUCAUGACUCUCUAGCAGUUGAGAGGUUUCUCCAGGAAAACAGAGACAUCCAACAGCUUCUUCAGAACGGUGGUGGUCAAUGUAUUGUCUACAACAUCAAUGACAAGGAGCAGGUCUCUGAGGUGUUACAUACUGUGGAAAAGAUGGGAGUUGUGGGAUGCAGAAGCUUCACAAAGGAUAUGUUUCCCAAGGAGCUUGCAAGACAUUCAACCGAUGCUGAAGAUUUUAAGUAUCACGGUGGAAAGUUUCAGAGGUCACGGCCUGAUAGAGCAUCUCUCAGGACAGUGCUGAGUCAAAAGCCUCCCAGUUUGGCCCCGAGUACAAAGCCUCGCAGAAUGGUGCUCAGAGAAGAGUUUCCCUGGAAGGAGCCUAGUAGAGAGUCUUCGAGGAUAGUACCAGGUAGAGAGUCUCCCAGGAUGGUGCCAAAGACAGAGCCUCCCAGGAUGGUGCCAAGGACAGAGUCUCCCAAGAUGGACCUGAGAACAGAGCCUCCUAGUAUUACCCCGAGGAUGUAUCCCAGGGUGGCACCAAUUGGAGAGUCUUUCAGGAUGACGACAAGGAGAGACUGUCUCAGGAUGGUGCUGCUUGGGAAGACUGGUUGUGGAAAGAGUGCAACUGGAAACACGAUUUUGGGCAAAGAACGCUUUAAUUCUAGAGUUAGUCAAAUGUCAGUGACCAAGAUUUGCCAGAAAGUAACAGGAGAGAUUGACGGGAGGCCUGUUGCUGUGGUCGACACCCCCGGCUUGUUCGACACAACUCUGUCCAAUGAUGAAGUUCAGGAUGAGGUUAGGAAAUGCAUCAGACUGUUAGCUCCAGGACCUCAUGUUUUCUUACUGGUGCUGUCGAUCGGCCGCUUUACACAGGAAGAAAAAGAUACUGUGGAACUGAUCAAGGAGUUCUUUGGUAAGAAAUCAGAAGACUUCAUCAUUGUUCUAUUCACCAGAGGAGAUGAACUUAAAAAUCAAACAAUUGAGAGUUACAUAGAAGAGGACACUGGAAAGGCCUUAAAAAAACUGAUAACUGAAUGUGGAGGACGAUACCAUGUCUUCAACAACAACAAUCGGGAGAAUCGUUCUCAGGUCAGCCAGUUGCUGACCAAGGUUGAGUCAAUGGUAAGGGAGAAUGACGGUGGCUUCUACACCUCAGAUUUCUUCCAAGGAGCUGAGGCAGCCAUACAACAGGAAAUAGAAAAAAUCAUGAGCUCAAAGGAAGAAGAGAUACAGAGGAAACAGAGGGACCUUGAAAGAAAAUAUCAAGAAGCAAUUGCAGAUCUUAGAUCUAAACUGGAUCAAGAAAGAAUAGAGAAGGCCAAACUAGUGCAAGAAAAGAAGGAGCACAUAAAGAAUAAAGAAGAAGAGAAGAGAAGGAGAGAAAGAGAAAAGAGAGAAGAGGAGGAGAGGAACAAGAAGAGGGAGGAGGAAUAUCAACUACGUGACUGGAAACGAGAACUUGAAACUCUGGAGGCAAAACUAGCGUAUGCAUCAGAAAAACAGGACAUGGCUGGCUUGGUGUAUUUAAUACGAGACAGAGAUGACAUGAGACAAGGAAAAGAGGCUUGGGAGCAGGAGAGAUGGGAAUGGUGGGACGAACGCCGUCGAGAGGAAGAAAGGAGACGAGAAGUGGAGCGAAUUGAAAAGCUCAGACAUGAAUUUGAGGACAUGGAAAUAUAUGAAAAUGCAGACGACAUAAUAAGAAGAGAACAUGAGAGCAAGGAAAUUCAAGUAUUACAAGAACACUUCAAGAGGAAAAUGGAGGAAGUACGGAGGGAAACUGAAGAGGAGGCCAGGAAGCUUGCUGAAGAAUGCAAUGAAUUCAGACUGAGAUACGACAGUGAUGUUUCAGCUGAGAAGGAAAAGUACAGACGGGAAAUGGAGGAUCUGAAGAAGAGAAAUGAAAACAAAAAUGACGAUAUGAUAAAACGCCUGAGCCAAAACAGAGCAUUCAAGAAAAACUUUGAUAAACUGAAGAAAAAGCAAGAACGAGAAAUGAAUGAUCUGAAAUACAAACUUUCUUCCUACAACAAAGAGUAUCAGCAAAAAGAAAUUGAUGCGCUCGAGAAAAAACAUGAGGAGGAAAGAAAUGAAUGGAUUCAGGCAUAUGUGAUGAAAGCCGUACAAGGCAAGGUCUGCAGCAUUUUGUGAGGCAUUUGUUCUUAUUCCAAACAGCAGCAUAGUUUCCAGUGCAAAAUGGUGGGCUUAUGUUUGACGAGUCAGACAUUAACCUAGUGUAUAUAGAUAUCAAGGAAAGCAUUUCUUUAUUUAACCAAUGUCUGAUAUGAAAAUAACAAUAUGGUACAUAAAGCUGUACAGUUGCAUACGUUAAGUUACACUGAUUAUUAUAGCAGAUCAAGUUUGACUCUUUGCAUGUUCAUGAGCUUUAAAGUUUAGUGCAUCUGUGUAACAGACAUGUUAGUGAACAAGUGUAAUCAACUGCAGCCUAUAUUGUUAUUUAAGAUUACUACUUUUGUACAAGUCAAGUGAACAUUAAAAUAAUAAUGGCAGCCACAAAAUGUAACUAAAAAUCCUCACUCACACUGUAAAUAUCUAUUUUUAUUCUUGUGUUUAGUUGUGUUUAUAAUCCUGAAGGUAAUAUUGUAUUUGUAGAAUUUUAAAAAUGUAUUAAGGUGAGUGACCUGAAUCGUCACGUUUUUUCCUUGUGGAGCUGAUGUAUGAUAAUCUGUGAGCUUGUUCUACCGUGACAAUGUUGUAAGGCUACGAUCCACUGGCCUUGAAAAAAAUGGGCUCCAAUAUGUUGUUCUCAAUUUUGCCAAACAAAACAUGUAAAAUAAUUUUCAGAUUUGCUGAUUGAUGAUUUAAACCAUGUUUAGCAUGUAUUUCUAAUAACAUAUACAGAGGGAAAUGAUGGUGGUAUGAAAUAAUGUAGCGAACUCUGCAGCUCACGUAUCAGUGUGGAAGAACUGGCUUUCACUUGCUGCAGUUAGUUGUUAAUGUCUCUGCUGCCACUGUUGACGUUUUAACUGUGGCAUGUGACAGAUAUCAUCAUAAUGGUUCAGUCUCUAUGUGUGGGCUGAACAAUGAACAUCCUGCCGUGGACGAGUGAACCUGUUUACCUUGUUUACAGUCAAUGUUCCAGACCUUUUGUCAUGUAAUUGUAGUUUCUGCUCUAUAUUGUACUUUCACAUUAAAGAUCAG